AUGGACAACGGACUGAUACGAUCGCAGAAAUGCAUAAAAAAGUUCAAGACCCCGAAGGAAUCGAGUUAUCAGCUGCUGCUGAGGCAGGAGCAGCGCCAGCUGUGCCAGACGACCCCGCUGAACUGCGUGUCGCUGCGCGAGAGCUACAAGUGCGACGAGUGCGACCGGACGUUCCGCAAGCGCGACUACUUCCUGCUGCACAGGGAGGUGGUGCACCAUCAGCGCGACAAGAUACCGCGCAACUACGAGUGCCGGCUGUGCAACAAGCGCUUCAGCCUGCGCAGCCUGGCGGCGGACCACUUCGACAAGGCGCAUCGCGGCACCAAGAGGCACAAGUGCGAGGUCUGCGCCAAGACCUUCCAGACGAUGGGCGGCCUGAAGCUACAUCUGUAUCAGGCCCAUCUCAAGCAGUACAAGUGCAGGCAGUGCAAGCAGGUGCUGAAGAUCGAGCAGGCGGACGAGCACAGCAAGAUCGAGUGCUCGGCCAUGAGGAAGCUCAAGAGUUUGCGAAAGAGAUCCGUGAAGGGCGGCUGA